UUUGAAUACAAACACAUGAACGCGUUUUUAUUUUCCUACCCCCCCCUUCCCUCUUUUUGCGCGUGAGCGGCCGAGAUAACUCUACGUAGUGACUAAGAGCAGAGUAAUUUUCUAAAAAAUAAUUUAUAAAUAAAAGAGAGCGGAAAAACGACUUUGGGCAGGACGAUGGCUCUCGCUUUGGGCAGAUAGUUGCGAGGAAAACGCUCUCGUGGCAGCUGUGGGGUUUCACAGAGCGCGCGCCGCGCGGGGCAGCAGCAGCAGCGCCACCGCUGCACGAGCCAGACCAGCACUAACCGACAACCAGCAGCCCGUCUGAAGACACUCACCGCGGGGUGUCAGUCCGUCUGAGGCGUGUAUUCGAGGAAGGACUGGUGGGAAGUGGACCUCAUGCAGAUUAAUGCUAGGUCAUUCUGUGCUGUCUGCAUUCUGCCACUCAAAUGCCUGUCUGCCUGUGGACGAGGUGUAACUAAGGAUUCACACGUUUCAUCAGCUGGCCUGGGCUUCCUGCUGCAGCAGCCACCGCCGCCAUCAUGUUCUGGAAGUUUGACCUGAACAACACCUCCCAUAUUGACCAGCUGCUGGAUCGAGAGGGAGUGACUCUGAGAGAGUUGAUGGAAGAGGAGGAUGUCCUGCAGGAGUGCAAAGCACAGAACCGCAAACUCCUGCUCUUCCUCUCCAAGGAUCACUGUAUGCAGGAGCUGGUCACCCUUAUUACAGAGGAGCCCCCUGCUGACCUGGAAGAGAAAACUCGCUUCAAGUUUCCAAACAUUGCCUGUGAGCUCCUGACCUCUGAUGUGGCUCUUAUCAAUGAUAAGCUGGGUGGAGAUGAAUCCCUUUUGGAGAAGCUCUACCACUUUCUGGAGCAGGAGCCACCCCUUAAUCCCCUGCUGGCGUCUUUCUUCAGCAAAACCAUCGGCAACUUGAUUGCACGUAAAACAGACCAGGUAAUCUCUUUCCUAAGGAAAAAACACAACUUUAUCAGUCUGGUGCUGAAUCACAUUGAUGCCUCGGCCAUGAUGGAUCUUUUGCUGCGCCUCAUCAGCUGUGUAGAGCCUGCCCUCUUGAGGAUGGAGGUCCUCAAUUGGCUGAAUGAAGAGAGACUCAUCCAGAGACUCACAGAGCUCAUGCACACAGGGAGAGAUGAAGAGAGACAAUCUAAUGCAUCCCAGACUCUUUGUGACAUCAUUCGACUUAGUCGAGACCAGGCCAAUCAGCUGUCAGAGGUCACUGAACCAGACCCCUUACUUGCUGUAUUGGAGUCACAAGAGAAUGUGGCAGAGCUUUUGAAGAACAUGUUUGAAGGGGAAAGGACUGAAGCAUCUGUCGUCAAUGGAACGCAAGUGCUUCUUACGUUACUGGAGUCACGAAGGUCAGGGCUGGAGGGUCUGAUGGACCUGUAUUCUCAGGGAUGUGAAAGGUCUUACACUGUCAACAGCAGUAUUUUACGUGCUAUUGAGCCUCAUAUAAAGGACUUCCAGCAGCUCCUACUGAACCCUCCUACGAGAAGUGCAAUACUGACUACAGUGGGCGUUCUGGAGCAGCCCCUGGGGAGCGCCCGCCUUCAUGUGGCCAGACUGGUGGCUUCUCUUUUGCAGACUUGCGACCUCAGCAUCUGCCAAGAGAUCUGCAGACUCAACACCAUGGACCUGCUGUUGGAUUUAUUCUUUAAAUACACCUGGAAUAAUUUCUUGCACUUGCAAGUGGAGCUGUGUGUGGCAUCCAUCCUGAACCACUCUGCCCAUGCGGACCUCCAGAACCCAGGUCUGCAGAACCACGAGGAGAGACCAGCUACAGGCACAGGCAGCCAGGUGGAGGAGGGAACACCGGGUCAGAACAGCACCUCUGACCCAGCAAACACGCCCAUUCAAGAUGCUCUUGUUGCCAAUCUCUUCCAGCAUUGCCGGCUGGUGCAAAGGAUUCUGGGUGCUUGGGAGGAAAAUGACAAAAUCCAGGCUGAAGGGGGAAGGCGGAGGGGAAAUAUGGGUCACCUGACAAGAAUUGCAAACACUGUGGUUCAAAACCUGGAGAAGGGGCUGGCUCACUCUCAAAUUAGUGACCUAAUUAAAGAGCUGCCAGAGGACUGCAGAGGCCGCUGGGAGAGUUUUGUGGGUGAGACCCUGAGAGAGACCAACAGGAGAAACACCGUGGAUUUGGUCAGCACCCAUAACUUACACUCAUCUAGUGAAGAUGAUGACAUGGAGAGCCCCUUCCCCAAUGAUCUGUCCAUCCAACAGGCAUUCUCUGAUUACCAGAUUCAGCAGAUGACUGCCAACUUUGUGGAUCAGUUUGGUUUUAAUGAUGAGGAGUUCAGUGAACAUGAUGAAAAUAUCAAUGCUGCAUUCGAUCGAAUUGCUGAAAUUAACUUCAAUAUAGAUGCAGAUGAUCAUAGUGCUAAUGCUGCAGCGUUUGAAGCGUGUUGUAAAGAAAGAAUCCAGCAGUUCGAUGACUGUGAGGAAGAGGAGGAUAUUUGGGAUGAAAAAGAAAUAAACUAUGCAACACAAAUCAAAGCCAGAUCGAGGUUCGGGGUGUCUCUUUCUUCAGAUGGUUCACCCAAGAGUGCUGUGAGGAAUGGGGGUGGAGGCCGCGGGUCGGCCUCUGAGGAAGAGGAUGUUGAGGAAGAGGCCAGUCCUCAGCAGUCUGCAGCAUCUCAGACUCAAAAUCCAGGCUGGACGGCGAGUUUUGGCGAGACAGAGGUGAGCUCCUCUAGCGCCUGGGGUGGUUCCCCUCAGCAGGACGGUGAGGGUCCGCAGGACACAAGCUGGGCAUCUUUCACUGAGUUCCAGCCUUUCAGCAGCACAGAGUCCAGCCAGACUGAGGGACAACCUCAACAAGGCCAAGAGAAAAAAUUGGCUGGCAGUGGUUCGGCUACUGGAGCGUGUGAAGGAAGUCCUGGGCAAAAAGCUCCUCUGGUGGGCUCAGACAGCAGCUCGUCUGGAGGUUCAGACAGUGAAGAGGACCCUGGAGAAAAUAAGACAGAGGGUUCCCCUAAAACACCUGCCAACCAGACAACAGCACCCAUGAGCGAGGUGCCUACUGAAGCUCUGGAGAAGCUCAGCAUCACAGACAAUAGCGAGUCUUCAGUGCCUACAGAAGAGUCGGAGGCCACCACUGUGAUGGAGAUGAGAGUUGAAACACCUUCUUCAGCUGAGAUCACACCUAAUGGACCGGUCUGAAGCCUCUGGAUAGGAGUCCGACCCACUCUCCGCCUCUUCCAUUCUGAACCCCCAAACCUCAAUACCACUUUUGGUGUUUUAAUAAAGAAUGCUGCCAUGUUAUUGGUCCUGGAUACUGCCAAUCAGCCCAUAAUUGGAGGAGGAAGCCAGGGGCAUAUAACACGAACCAGUAACCAGUACAGUGCUCAGAGGUGUUAGUCUUUUAAUCCUUUCAACUUUGUAUGAGAUAUGCACAGUUUUAAAUGUAGCAGUGACCGUGUGAUUACAGGAUCUGUCAGGACUUCUUUUUUCUUCAGUUUGUGUCCCUCUCUUAGUUUUUCUGGAUCAGUUUUUUCACGCUCAGCCUUGGAUGGUAGGAAACAGGGAUGUGAAGGUCCUAAUUGGAAAGCACAGGCUCAUCCUUCACAGCAUAAUGUCUUGAACAUCCUCAUGCAAAAUCGAAAGCCUUGUUGCCUGACAACAGCCUCUGCAACAAUUUACUGUAUGUUGAAGCACAACUGAAAUGUUCUGUAAUGCUUGACACAUUUCUGCACAGGUCACCGCCCCACCAAGUUCACUUUUAAGAUUUAAAAAAAAAAAAACUUUA